GCUGCAUACUACGCAAUCCUGCAAGUAGAAACAGGCUAAGCACGCCCUGCCGAAGCAACUGCGUACUUUGCGCCAUGGCAAGGAAUCGUCUCAACAAGGAAUGGCAGGAGGUCAAGAGGAAUCCCGACCCGGACAUUUUUUUGGAUUUGGAUGGGGACAGCUUCGAACAAUGGCAGGCAGUGAUCAAUGGCCCGCAGGACUCACCGUAUGAGGGAGGCCGCUUCGAUUUGAAAAUUAUUUGUACAGCGAACUAUCCAUAUGCUGCACCGCAGGUGAGCUUUAAGACCAAAGUGUUUCAUCCCAAUGUCAAUUUCAGCACGGGGGAGCUGUGCGUGGAUAUUCUCAAGACGGACUGGAGUCCAGCUUGGACCUUGCAGUAUGUUUGUCGAGCGGUGAUUGCUUUGUUGCGCGAUCCCAACGCUGACAGCCCGCUUAACUGUGAUGCAGGGAACCUUUUGAGAAAUGGUGAUUUGAGGGGCUUCCAGUCAAUGGCCCGAAUGUACACAGUCGAGCAUGCCAUUGAGGGCCGGUAAAAAUUGACAUUCUCCAGGUUUCACCCAGGACGAUACCAGUGCGCCCAGCACAGAGCAACUUAGUGCUUUGUUGUGCACUCAUCGCAAAGACUAUCUAUGCGCCAAUGUGUAUUGAACGUGACCAUGUCGCAUGC